AUGGAAAAGACUAUUGGAAAUCAUUGGAGUGUUUCAAUUACAUUACCUUUAGGAGUUGAGAUAACUUGGAAAUAUUACGUCCAACAAGAAAAUAUAAUAAUAAGGGAUGAAGAAUGUCAAGACCAUAGAGUUUCAAUGUUUGAAGAAGACUCAUCAUAUGAUGUUAGGGAUGUAUGGAAUUUUCCACGCCUUACUCAAAUAAAAUCUGAAACUCCAAUGAAAAAAGGAGUAAAAAAACAAUUCAUUAGUCAUCAAUCAGAAGAUUUGAUCGUUCAACCACUUGUUGUUUCUUCAGUCCCACGUUCUCCAGCAUCACCAGUUAUACCGCCAUUAAAUGUUAAUGUUCUAAAUGUCGACGAAAUUGAUCAGCCUCAAAAUAAACCAUUUGUCUCUUCAGUUAAGCCAUUAAAAAAAUCUCCAAAGGCUCAAAAAAAGUUAAGACAAUUUUCAUUAGAUACAUCAUCAUACCAAAAUCUUAGAACUUCAUUAAUUAAACAACAACAACUUAAGUUUGAUAUGUUAGACAAAAAUAUUAGAUUUGACGAUGAAAAUUGGUUUUGUGUUAAAGAUACUUCAGACAGUAUGACAGAUUCUAUUGAAGUGUAA